AUUCUUGUGUUUUAUUGUGCUUGAUACAUGUGUCUGUGAGGAAUGAUACCUUGCUUUUGUUUGAGGAAUGAUUCUGUACAUAUAUCUGUAAAUGCUACUCACCUACUGUUCCUAACAAAGAAAAAACUCAUCUUAUAAUUCCUCUUCCUUGAUUUGAUUCUCGAUCAGUUGGAGAUUUCUUGGAUCUUGCUUGGUCAUUGGUGGUGAACUAGCAUAGCUUAGCUAGACUGCUACUGCUAGAAUAUGCUUACUAAUUAAUCAUUGGUGCUGGUAUCUUGUGUAUGCCUGUGCUUUUGUAACCUGUGGUGGUAUCUGGAGUGGAGUCCAACGCCGAACAGAUCGCUAACUCCAGACUGUAGAAUCAAGGAGUCAGGAGCAGAGUUGCAGAUUUCUAUGAGUGGAGGGAAAAUGAACAGGCUAACUAUCUACAAAAUCUCAUUUUCGGAAUCCAUAGAAUGCCCCCAGCCAACCAACCCUGACUGUGUUUCUCUCUAGGCAUAUCUGAAAGCUGAGCGAUGGUUUAAAUUUUCAGAAUUUUGCGCCUCCUUUUUACGGAUGGUUUCCUUCAGUUUAGGCAAGAAUUGUCGUUACAAAGUAGUCCCUCCGUUCCUAAAUGUAGGAAGUCCUAGCUUUGUCCUAGAACUUCGUAAAAUUUGACUAGGUUCAUAGAAAAAUUAUGGAACGGAGGUAGUAUAUGCAAGUCUUAUAGCGUUGCCGUUGGAGAGUAAUAGGGUGAGCACUAAGGGUGAUUUUUUACGAAACCUCGUAGUAAACUCGAUAUAUUGUCUUGUCUUUUCUUACUGUUUUUUCUGCCCAUUCUCUUUUGCGGACGCUUGCCAUGCCACCCGCAAUGCAUUGCAAACCUCAGCGAUGGAGAAAGCACAUGGCGAGCUCCAACACUAUGUUUUCAUUUUGCAUGCCUCUGUCUUUGUGUUGGUGAAAUUUCUUCGAUGUGAUUGAUUAGAUAUUUUGUCGCCUCCGGCUGAGUUACAAUGGUUUGGGGUACAAGUACGACAGGUUCAGAAAAAAAAACAGGUUUGAAAAGACAUUUCUCUAAUCAACAUUUUUCAAGGUUUCGUCGAUAUUUGAAUUUACGGAUGCCACAGAGUUGAAAAUAGUCAGGUUGGUACUAUAGAUGGCCAACGAGCCGGCCCGGCCUGGCUCCGGCCCGUCUUAGAAUAAAGGGGCCGGGUCGGGCCGGCACCAAACGGCCACCUCGAGGCCCAGGCGCAGCACCAAGCCGGGCCAGCCGGGGGCCGUUAAGGCCCGGCAGGGCCUGAGACAAGCCCACAUGGCAUAAGGCCCAGCUAAGUAUAAAAAAUAAAAAGAGUCGAGGACGAGCAAAAAUUGGACUGAUAAUGGGCCAAAUUAUUGGGCUAGGCCAGAUUUUUGGGAAUUAAUGUGCCAAAUAUAGGAAAACUAGAAAAAAUAAGAAAAAGUAGUCGGGCCGGGCCGGCCGGCCCGUGUGCCUGAGGCUGAGGCCCAAGCUCGACCCAGGUUGUGCCUCGGGCCAGCGUGCCCCGAUUAAAUCUGUGCCGGGCCAGGCGCAGUCAGGCUAAGCCUGCUGGGCUUUCAGGCCUCCUCGGGAAGCAUGGCCUGGAUACUGCAUACCUCCUGAUACGGGAACAGCCUCCGACCUGCAUCGUUUCAUUCUCUCCCACUAUUCCUGGGUGCCGCCGUCGACCCUGGCCGGCCUGCUGCUGCCCUCUCCGGUCUCCACCGUUCCUGCUGCUGCGUCGCCGAGGGCUCACCUCCGCUGCCACCCGGACCACCUCUGCUGCUGCCCUGUACGCCUCUCUGGCCAUCGCCGUCGCCUCCGCUGCUUCUCCCUCACCACCUCUCCGUUCUCCGCCGUUGCCGCCGAGCAGAGCAGUUUAUCAUGGAUCCCAACAUGAAGCAGCUUCAAGAGGCUCUUGUUGACAUAGAAACGGAUGCAGAGCAACUUCUUCUGGCAAGGCAUCAGCUAGUGGAGAACGACCGGAUGAGGAAUGCUAACAGGGAGGCCCUGACAGCUCUCCGUAAAAGAGCCAGGACAAGUAAAACUAGUGUGCCAUCUCCAUUUGAGAUCAUAAUGAAAGAGAUGGAAGGAUCCUCUGGCAAACAUCUGGUAAAGGAGAUAUGCCCAACUUGUGGGAAUCAUGACCCCAAAGAAAAUACCUGGCUAAUGUUUCCCGGGUCAGAUAUUUUUGCUCGUGUUCCAUUUCAUGUAGCGCACACUGUUCUGGAUAAAGAUCAAGAACGUCUAGACUAUGACACCAAGAAGCUGCAAAGCUUUGUCAAGGAGAAAUCAUUUGUGAUCUCGGAGAAAGGCGCCCUUGCGGACAAAAUCAGCCCAGGCAUCGUGAAAUCCCUCGUCAGCCUUACGGAUAAACCCAAGUAGGCACGUGCGACAGACCAGAGGUCAGAUCAUGUUCACUGGGCCUGGUCUUCAAAGAACUUGCACUAAAAUGAAGCUUCCAUCGGGCUCACCAACGUGUUGACAAGCAUCUCCAAUGGUGUUUUGGGAACAUGUGGCUUAGUUUUGGUGUGCUGCGAACAUUAGGCUGCUGCUGACAGAAGUCGCGGCAGCAGUGCAGCAGGCGCAGCGGCGACGGUGGAGGAGCAAAGCGCCAUGGAGCAACAGCAGGCAAGACGGCAGCAGAGGUUUUGAUGUUGAUUUGGUUCCUCGGCCCUUCAUUUUUAAUCGCUCAUGAUGGAUGUGGUUGACUGAAGAUGAUGGAUUGACGAUGUGUUACAGCUAUAUGCUUACUGAUCUUGUUGUAUGUGCUUGCUAAUCUGAUUAGUACCCGUCUUUGUUGGUUGUUCGUUCAUUACAACUUAACACUGGCUGGUUGUAGUUAAGAUUCUGGGAUUGCCGAUAAGAAGCAGCAAGAAGUGAAUAUGGGUUUUGGACGACUACUGCCAUGCGGUGUCCUAACUAAUUGUCAUAUUGUUGAGUCGCGUCAUAUCUAGCUUUCCGGGCUGGGAUAUAAAUAUAUUACUAUCUAUUAAA